AUGAUUCAGGACUCGUCUUGUAGGCGAAGUCCCUGUACCCGUUGUCACAUCGUUUCAUUUUCCGAAGCUAACAAUGGACAAGGAAGCGAUGAAGAUUUACGUGUAACUUGUUACUUUAAUUAUUUUUUUCCUUAUUUAGUCUUUUCUUUGUACUCUGAUCUGAUUUUGUUUAAUUACAGACGAAAGUAUCUGAAGAAACUUCAGGAGGAGCAUGGACCAUUCCCAAUCAAAAUGACACCAUAUAAUCUCGUCAUGGAUGGACGUGAAGAAUGGCUAUCCCUGAGUGCUACUCAAAAAGCUCCAUAUAUUGACCAGGUCAGACAAAAUAGGAAGAAAGAAAGAGAAUGGAAGAAGAACAACUAUCAUUGUUGUUAUCCCACUUUUUGGACUAACGACAUAACCGUUCUAACGUUUGGUCAUGUCGUGUCAGCCAGGUCAUGUCGUGUCGCAGGUAAACACAGCUCCAGGGAGAUACGUCCGACGUAG